AUCAUUUACAAGGAAAUACUAUUUUAGUAACUUUGAGGAAAACUGCUAUUCUUCUUAAAUGUUUAAUGCUGACCGCUUACUUAAUGAUUGUGUUUUUAUCUUGUAAGCUUAAGUAAGCAGUGUUUUUCUAGCACCUUUACAGAUGAGUUGAUUGAGUUUUAUAUACUGAGGAAACAGCGGGGAUCAGGAAUGCGGAACAAAACUUUUCGAGUUGGAAAAAAAAAGGGCUUGUUUGUCUUGCUAGACGAGUUGAGCAAGAAAGAAGAUGUGAGGGAAUAGUCUGUGCGUGCUAAGGUCAGUGCCGAUCAGGGUGAACCAAAACAUGAGCCAAGAUAUAUAUACUGAAGUACAGGUUCUUCACAGUACAUGAUGCAACUUUUACUUUUGAUGUUCAAAUCAACAGCAGCACAUUGGUCUACACACUAAGCACAAACACACAAAGGCUCAGAGAGGUUAACAAAAUAACCAUGUCCUCGACUUCAAAUUGAAGCCCAGUGAGCCGUUCUGCAGGAGCUGUUGGGGGUUAAGUGCCUUGUUAAACCGCAGUUUGAUUGAACUGAAUGGUUCAUUAGGCAGUUCCCUUACUGUUCAUACAGACCUAAAUCACAGCGGUUCCAUUUGUCUUUAUCAGAUAUCACAAUUUACCCUGCAAAUGUCUGAGGAAUAUGGACCUGCAUCGACUCGUAGAAGGAAAGAAUAUGAGUCAUAUGGAAGGCAAGACUGGAAGUUACAUCAGCACUCCUGACAGCAAAAAACCAGUUGUGUGGGCUGCAGAGUUUCUGCACCUCAACUCCUCCCCACAGAUCAAGAGAGUGACAGAGAUUACCCAUUAACUGGCAGGCGAUCAUUUCACUGUGUGCCUUUGUUAGAAGCACUCUGAGACACAAGUUCAUGCGGCGCCGCUGACUGGUAUUGACCUGGAGGAUAAGUCCUGUUUAUGUGUAGGAUUACAAAGUGUAGGUGUUGCGAGAAUCUAUUGAGCGAAGAUACUCAUGGAUUGCCUGGACCAAUCCCCUGGACAAUUUACAGACUUCAAGAAGGGUGACUUCGAGGCUAAUUGGACUAAGCUGGCAGAAUCCAAAUUUGGUCAUGUGUACCAAGUCAAGCUCAAGCUUUUGAGGGAAAAAUGCACGUUGAAAACCUUUGAUACCAUCUUAAAUGCCAACAACUACAGGAAAAUAAUAGAUGAAGUGUCCAAGAUUGCCCAACUCAAAUGCAAGUACAUUAUUUCCAUCUACGGAAUGUGCAGCGAAGCCUCCGCUGUUGUGAUGGAGUACAUGAGUAAUGGAUCCUUGUACAGUCUCCUGGCCAGCUACUCUUUCAUGUGGUCGAAGAAGUUUCAGAUGAUUCAUGAGAUUGCCAUGGGAAUGAACUUCCUCCACAGCAUGAAACCUCCCCUUCUCCAUCUAAACCUGAAGACAUCCAAUAUCCUUCUUGAUGACCAUCUUCAUGUCAAGAUAGCAGAUUUUGGUUUAAUCCACUGGGAGGAAGGCAUGAACAAGAAUGCUUUUACGGAGUAUCUCAUUGCAAGAGGAAACAUACGCUACAGUCCACCUGAGAUAUUUACUCAGUCUUCUGGACCACCAGGAACUACCUUUGAUGUUUACAGCUUUGGGAUUGUGAUGUGGGAGAUUUUAUCACAGAAGAAACCAUAUCCAGGGUGCAGUGUGCCAGCAGUCAUCCUGCAGGUGUCACAGGGCAAGAGACCUUGUUUGGAUUUUCUGCCAGCUCCGAGACCCAGCGAGUGUGAUGAGAUGAUCUGCAUUAUGAAACAGUGCUGGAACCAGGACCACACCAAGAGACCACUGUUUUUAGAUACUGUGAGGAAAACUGAGCGUUUGAAUGAAGGCUUGAAGAUCCCUGGUCCGAUGGGCUGUCAAAACAAUGGGGACGCCAAGCAGGAAUCCUAUUAUUCAUGGCUGAUCUCCCCAGUGCACCAAGACUCUUUUGCUGAGAAGCUCAACUUUUCCUCAGAUGACCAGAAUGUCGAGGACGGCGUCCUGUCUUUACUAACAAAAAAGGACUUUGGUAGUUUUAGGCAAUCUGUGAAACAAGAGCAUGUUUGUAUGCAGUUUUCAGGCCAGAAGAGCCUCCUUCACUUCACUGUAGCCAGCGGUGAUUUAGAAAGUGUCAAGCAUGUCCUGAGUCUGGGAGCUGAGGUCAACUCUGUAACUGCCAAGGGAUACACGCCUCUUAUUAUUGCUGUUCUGCAAAGAUUUCAUGACAUCAUCCCUUUUUUAUUGGAACAUGGAGCCUCUGUAACCCAGGGAGAUGAAGAUCAGUGGACAGCACUCCAUUUUGCAGCUCAAAAUGGAGAUGACAGGAUUGUUAGGAUUCUAUUGGACAAAGGGGCUUUGCCAAAUGCUCGGGAAAAGUCCGGCUGGAUCCCGCUUCAUCUGGCCGCCCAGAACGGCCACGAAUCCGUGGUGCGCCUGCUGAUUUCACGAUCCUCCGAAGAAGCCAUUGUGGAACGGGAGGAGGAAAAUGGCAGGACGCCAAUCCAUCUGGCCGCUUUCUAUGGACAUCUGAAUAUCGUCAAGCUCCUUCUUACUCUUAAAGCAGAUCCCAAUGGCACUGACUCAUCCCUCUCCACUGCACUUCACUUGUCAGCUGAGCGAGGGCACAACCGCGUAGUCAGGCAUCUGCUAAAGUUUGGGGCUAAAACUGACACCACAGACAAGAGAGGAUGCACACCUCUUCACCUGGCAGCUCUGUGGGGUCACGCGGGCAUUUGCAGACAGCUGCUGUCAAAUGGAGCAAACCCAGAGUCCAAGAACCUCCAGGGCUGGACUCCAAUUCACCUAGCUGCCUUAAAAGGACAUGAAGGCGUGGUGGUCCAGUUGAGUCAGGAUGGCUGUGUGAAUUCCAAAGGUCAGAAUGGAUGGACCCCGUUACACUUUGCCUGCCACCAGGGCCAGGCGGACGUGGUGGCAAAGCUUCUCGCAGCCAAAGCCGACCCAAACAUAGCUGAGGACAGCAAUGGAUGGACACCCCUUCACAUAGCCUGUAACAGAGUCAGCUUGCCCUGUGUCCUGAACCUGAUAUCAUAUCAAGCAGAUGUCAAUGCAGUAAAUUCAGAAAAAGAAACACCCUUACACUUGGCUGCACAACAUGGUUGUGAACCCAUUGUAAAGGUUCUGCUGAUGAAUGGAGCCGAUGGAACGAUUUUAGACUCUUCUGGCUCCACAGCUGUGGAUGUAGCCCGGAGAAAUGAAAAAUUGGAAACUCUGCACCUGUUGGAACUGGAAUUUGCAGAGUACCAAACUUGAAGGGAGACUCUUUUGAGUGAAAUCAUCUUUCAAUAUCAACACAUUAGAAACAAUACUGUGAACUGAAAAGGCACAUUUUUUUCCUAUAGUACACAGUAAAAAAAGGCUUUUUUUAAUAAUGGAUUGAUAUUUUUGGACAACCAUUUGUUUGAUUUUUUUUUACCUCCUUUAAUCAGCAUUUAAAAGCCCCUAUUGAAAUAAGUUUUUCUUUUAAAAAAUUAGCUAUUUUGAUACAAAAUGCAAAAUACCCAUAAACAUAAAGAAUAAGAUUUGGCCAAAAAGCAUGGGGGUAACACAAAUAAACAAACCCAUUCCUUUCAAUUCUUCCUUUAAUUUGUUAGUUUUUGAAAUAAAAAGUACAGAAAAAAGCUGUUCGUUUCAUAUCUGAACAUUUCGAAGCAAAUAAUCCGGCUAAAUCCCAUGCGACUGACAAGGCAAUGACAUUUUUAGGUGAUAUUCUCCAGCUAUAGUUAAUGCAUAGAUUAUACUGUAUGCUUAAUGAAAAGCCAAGAUAAUUAUCUGCCAGUCAUAAGGACUGAAAGAAAUGUAGCUCAACUUGUGCCACACUCAUUUACCACUCUGACAUCUUAUUAAAAUGAAAUAAAAUGCACAGAUUGAGGAGAGGUAUUGACCUACACUUUCAUAGGAUUUUCCCUGCAACCACAGGAGACCGACUCUGAAAGAGAGGCAUGAGUUGAGUCCAAUCAAAUUAGAGUGAAUGAAAAGCGCACAGUUAAAAUUGGAUUGAGACUGGGCUUCAUUUUUUUUUUUUUUUGUAUUGCUCAAAAGAAUAGGGUUUUUAAGUGGUAUUUUAAUUAUCCCCUCUAGGACUUAAGGUAAUUGCUGUUUUCUGUUAGCUUUUUCAUUUGUCUUUCAGGCUUUUCUCUUUCCUUUUUUUGCACACCUAAACAAUGUUUAAACCAAACUACCACCUAUGUAUGUAUGUGGGUAUCACAAAAAACUUUAGGAAGGUUUCAAUAAACAAAACGUCAACAAAUUGUUUCUACACCUAAAAUCACACACCAGCAAAGGCUGUCAAUAGAUGAUUCCUAUGCCUCUACAAGCAGAGUGUAUCCGCAUGAGUAUGUAGCUUGAUAUUUUUAGGUUUCAGGUGUGUUUCUUCAUAAUUUUUUGCAGAUGGUUAAACACAAGUUGGCAGGUGUGUAAUUUGCAGG